AUGGCCAUUUUGACUCUCAUCCCCGUGGCCCUUCCCAAAGAAAAAGUACCAUCCAAGACGGACGUCAGAGACAUCAUCGCCAGAUUCCUAACAAAAGAAUGGCCAUCCGUGGAUCCCGAGACCCUGACCAUGUCAUAUAAUGUCUCAUUUUCCAACGCUCACUGCCCCGUGGAGCGACCGAAGCCCGCUACUGGCACCGCCACCGAGCCCUUGAAAGUGUUCAUCAAAUUCCAUAAUAACACCGAAGUCAAUCUUGAGAUAUUCAAACACCUUGCGCCAACGAAACACGAAGAAGCAAUUCUUUGCUCUCAGUACGGUCGGACCGGACUAGGAGCGAAAGUCCAUGGGUUCUUCGAGACACAAGAUGGCACACUUGGGAGAAUCGACGAGUUCUUAGAAGCACAGAACAUGGAGCCAGAGGAUGUUGAGAAUGCAGUAAUCCGAGCAGAUGUGGCAAAGGCACUGGCGACGUUCCAUGUCUUGAAAACACCACGGCAGGAAAAGGCAGUGGACUCAUACUACGAAGCUGUCGUCAGUGGACUUGAGAAGUACCACGGACUGAACAAAUUGAAGGUGCUUGGGAAACUAGGCGGUGUCAAUGUGGAUAAGCUAGUCGAAUACGACUUCGGAACGAGGCUGAAGAAAGUGGUGAAAAAGCUGGAAUCUAUAGGAGGGAAAACAGCGUGGUGUAUUCAUGAUGUCCAGUUUAUGAACACCAUGGUCAAGAAUGACCCGAAGGAAGGCGAAAGUACAGUUGCGCUGAUUGACUUUGAAUUUGUGAUGCGGAACUAUCGAGCCUUUGAUAUCGGUGGACACUUUAUGCAGAAGAUGUUCAAGUGGUUUGACGAGGAGAGCAAAAUAGCUAGGUGUAAGAAGUAUACCGAGGAGGAGAAAAAGCACUUUUGUGAAGAGUAUGCUAGACAGUGGAAUGCACUGACUGGUGACUGGGACACUGGGGACCAGGUUUUUCUGGAGUCGGAAUAUGGAUAUAUGCUGGCCAUCACUUUUGAUAUUCACAACAUGCUGUGGUUCAUGGAUGAAGAGGAUGACAAGGAUCAUUUGAGUCUUCUUGGUCUGAAUAAGCUGUUUGAGGAAUUCGAGGAACAGUAUGUCAAGCUUGGGUUGGAAGAUCCAUACUAUUAA